AUGAAGAUGGUCAUCGUUCUCGCCGUGUGCCUGGCUCUGUCAGCUGCCAGCGCCUCUGCGCUGCAGAUGCCCUCAGCGGGGCUGCAGGGCUUCAGCCCCCUGAUGACGAUGAUGGGCGCCGGCGGGCUGUACCCCUGCGCCGAGUACCUGAGGCAGCCGCAGUGCAGCCAGGUGGCUGCGCCCUUCUACGCCCUUCGUGAGCAGACGAUGUGGCAGCCGAGCGCCAUCUGCCAGCCGCUCCGGCAGCAGUGCUGCCAGCAGCUGAGGAUGAUGGACAUGCAGUCACGGUGCCAGGCCAUGUGCGGCGUGGUGCAGUCCGUCGUGCAGCAGCUGCAGAUGAUGAUGCAGCUCCAGGGCACCGCCGCCGCCAGCAGCCUGUACCAGCCGGCUCUGAUGCAGCAAUGGCAGCAGCUGCUGCCAGCGGCCCAGGCCCUGACCCCCAUGGCCAUGGUGGUGGCGCAGGUUGCGCAGAACAUGCCGCUGCCGGCCAUGUGUGGACUCUACCAGCUGCCCAACUACUGCACCACCCCCUGUGCCCCCUCCGCUGCCAUUCCGCCCUACUAUUAUUGA